UUGUUUCAAGGUUAUGAAACGCAACAGAUUUCGAGGUGAUUACUUUCACUCCGAUUUCACAAAGUAACUCGGAGUUUAAAUCGAAUCUAGCUCUAAAAUGGUGCUCUCCUUAGACCGUUGGGUUAAUAAAAUCGCAAUUGUAACUGGAGUUAGUGCAGGAAUAGGAGCUGCGAUUGCCGAAAAAUUAGUUCAAGAAGGGAUAAUUGUUGUAGGAGUCGCUAGAAGAAUCGAGAUGGUUCAAGAGAUGUCGGAAAGAUUAAAAAAUUGCAAAGGAAAGCUUAUUCCUUUUAAAGCCGAUUUAACAAAAGAAAAAGAAAUCCUUGCGAUAUUCGAUUUCGUCAAAACCAAAUUAGGACCAAUUCACAUUUUAAUAAACAACGCGGGUAUAACCAAAAACACGAACCUCUCCAACGGCGAAACCUCAAAAUGGAAAGAAAUUUUAGACACCAACGUCUUAGCCCCCUGCAUAACAACAAGAGAAGCAAUCAAAAUCAUGAAAUCGCACUCGAUCGAAGGCCAAAUAAUCCACAUUUCGAGCGUUUUGGGGCACUACGUGGCUCAUAUUCCGAAUUUAAAUUUAUACCCGGCGUCGAAAUUCGCAAUUAGGGCUUUAACGGAGACUUUGAGACAGGAAUUUUUGGCCGAAAACGUUCCGAUUAGAGUUUGCACGAUUAGCCCGGGUCCGACUGACACGGAAAUUAAUAAAAUCGACUUGGAAACGAGUUUUGAUAAAGUUUUUGAUGCGAUGCCUAAAUUAAACGCGGAGGAUGUCGCUGAUGCCGUUGUUUAUGUUUUGUCGACCCCUCAUCAUGUGCAAAUUCAAGAUAUUAUGAUGAGACCGCUUGGGGAACCCGUUUAAAUAAUAAAAAUUAAAAAUUGUUUGUUUAUAAUUGUACUAAAUUGAUUUUAUUUAAAUGCGUUAAUUUCAGCGCCAUCUAUUGAGGGACGUGACUUAGAUGAGACGCUAAUUAAAUAGGUUAGGUUUCUUUUUGUUAAUAAAUUUAGUUUUGAGAUAA